GCCACGGUCAAGGCCCGCGCGCGCGCAGGCUGGCUCACUCCGCCACCGGCCGCGGGGAUGUCGACACGCUGCCCUUGAACACUAAGGGAGUUUUGAAAAAGAGAGACAAAAUGGGGAGCUUCAAAAAAGUUACUCUAGCCAUAAUUUUACUAGCCAUCCUUAUCCAUAAUGGCAAGUGCGAAGACGACGAAGAUGUUGUGACGAUCGAAGAAUUUGACGGCGACUGGAGAAAGACUGAAUUAGAUUCUGUCAAUAACAUCAAUCUACCAAAGGGACGGAUACUUUGGCCUUACCCUGUCGAUGAUGCAGCUGCAAAAGACGAAAACCUCGAUAGUGUUAAAAGUGAUAACCAAGAUUCAAAUAUAAAAGUAGAGAAUGAUGAAGAGCAACUUCUAAAGGAAAAGGGGAGAAAGGGCCGCUUUCUGCUGUGGUCAUAUCCCCAAAGCCCAAUAGUGAACAUGAUGAUGCAAACUGUAGCAGUGAACUACUCCCCACAGAACGCCAAUGACCCGUUCGACUUCCUUCGAGACAGCUACCCGUUGCCUAAAGGUUAUACGAGUCCUUUAGACGAGUACGACUACGUUAUUGUGGGGGCGGGUUCAGCUGGGUCUGUGUUGGCGUCUCGGCUCACUGAAGACAAGCCUAAGGCGAUGGUGCUGGUCAUUGAGGCUGGAAAACCUGAGAUGCUGCUGUCAGACGUACCAGCUUUAGCCCAUUACUUGCAGCUGACGGACUACGCUUGGCCGUAUACUAUGGAACACCAACCGGGCGUGUGCUUGGGGAGUGAGGAGCAGAGGUGCUUCUGGCCUCGAGGCAAGGCAGUAGGAGGCACGUCAGUCACAAACUUUAUGCUGUACACCCGGGGUCGCUCGCAGGAUUGGGAUCGUAUCGCCGCCGAUGGAAACUAUGGCUGGUCUCACGAAGAAGUUCUGCAAUAUUACAAGAAGUCUGAACGUUCCGAGCUAAAAAAAUACAAAGAUGCCUCCUAUCGCGGGCGUCACGGCGAGCUAACUGUCGAGAACGUUCCGUUUAAGACUGGACUUAUUGAAGCAUUCCUGCAAGCCGGCCGUGACUUUGGACAUCCAACUGUGGAUUACAACGCACCAGAUCAAUUUGGAUUUGGCUAUAUUCAAACAACAACCAACAAAGGUCAUAGACAAAGUGCAGCGAAAGCAUUCUUACAUCCCCAUAAAAGAAGAAAGAAUCUACACAUUCUGCCAGAAGCUAGAGCUACAAAAGUGAUUAUUGACUCUCAAUCUAAAAGAGCAUACGCAAUUGAAUACAUUAAAAAUGGCAAAAAAUUUACAGUCCGAUGCAGACGAGAAGUCAUUCUUUCUGCAGGACCAAUAGCAUCGCCUCAGCUGCUCAUGUUGUCAGGAGUAGGACCUAAAGAACAUUUGCAAACUCUUGGCAUUCCAGUUAUUGCCGAUGUUCAAGUUGGAAAAACUCUUUAUGACCACGUUGCCUUCCCUGGAGUAAUCUUCAAAUUAAAUUCCACAAACGCCAGUCUGUUAGAGCCUAAAGUUGCUACAUUACCAAAUCUGAUGCAAUGGCUACAGUUCGGUGACGGACUUCUCACUACGCCUGGUUCUGUUGAAGGUAUCGGUUAUAUCAAGACAUCGCAAUCUGAAGAUCCAGAGUUGGUUCCUGACGUAGAACUGAUAAGCAUGGGUGCAUCAAUAACACUUGACGCUGGUGGUUUAUUCAGAAAAAGCUGGAAAAUAUCAGACAAAACUUAUUAUACUGCAUUUGGAUCACUUAGUGGACUUGAUACAUGGUCAGCAGUGCCCAUGCUUUUACAACCUAAAUCAAAAGGCUAUAUGGAACUGCGAGACACAAAUCCGUUUUCACAUCCUAAAUUAUAUGGAAAUUAUUUUACUGAUCCUAAAGACAUGGCGACCCUAAUAGAAGCUGUCAAAUAUGUUAUAAAAUUGGGACAGUCACCAGCUUUUAGUAAGUAUGCACCACAAUUGCAUUUGGCAGAAUAUCCGACGUGUAGAACACAUGCACCGAAUACUGAUGCAUACUGGGAAUGUGCAAUUAGAACUUUGACUGUCUCACUUCAUCAUCAGAUCGCUACUUGUAGGAUGGGUCCUCCCAAUGACCCUUACGCUGUGGUGGAUCCAGAAUUGCGCGUUUAUGGAGUCGAAGGAUUAAGAGUGGUAGAUUCUAGUGUAAUUCCGAGACCAAUUUGUGCUCACACGAAUGUUCCUGCAAUUAUGAUCGGAGAAAAAGCAGCAGAUAUGAUUAAGAAAACUUGGUCGAAUGUAGUAGCGUAAUUCAUUUUAGGUAAUAAGUAAAUUAAAGACUGCCAUCAUAA